UGGUAUCGAAUCGUUCGAAUCUUCGAUAUGACAAUGUUAAGUGAAAACAAUGAUAGUUCAAGCAGUUCCGAAGAUGAAAUAUCAAAAGCUGCAAUAAUAGAAGCAACUGAUCACCAAUUUCUGAAAGCCAACUGUUUUUCCAACGAAAAAUUUCUAAACUCAAACGUUUCUACGAAAACGGAUGAAUACAAUGAUUCAUUAGAAAAUAAUAAUGUAAAAAAUCCCGUGUCAUUAAGAAAAGAUUUGGAGGAGAAAAAGACAUUUUCUAAUUUUGGUGUAAGUCCAACAUUCCAGAAUUAUGUUGCAAAAAAGCUGGACGAAAUUAUUGAGAAAUCUAUUAAAGUAAAGAAGAAAAACAUAAACAGUAUUAUAAAUGAAAGAAAAGAAAACGACAACAUUUAUGGCAUAAAGUUACUUAAUUCUUCUGUGCAGUUUUUAACAACUGAAAAAGAAAAUGAAAAGCCUCAAAAGAAAAGGAAAAUUAAAGCCACUAUAGAUGAGAAAACAUAUUUAUCAAAAUGUAAAACAGUAGCUGUAGAUCCUGAACGAAUAUUAUCAAAAAUAGACACUGAAGCUUGGACAAGUAAAAGGAAAGAACCUGAAUUCAAUUACAAGAAACUGAAAAAUGGUACUCUAGUUGAAAAAACCUAGUCACAG